AUGUUCGAAAAAUCGGCCGUUCUUGCGGAACCUUCCACUUCCGAGAUUCUUUCCUCUUUGGCCGAGAAUUUGGGCGCAAUGCGCGGAUUUUCAAACUGCGGUUUCUGGGAGACAUUUUAUACGAAAAAUAGCCUCCUUUUUCAGCUUUUUAUUGACAAGGGAAGUACCCAAGUGCAAUGCUCAGAUUUUGAUGAAACUUGGCUCAAAUUUAGAAUAUUUUUUUCUCAAAAAUAUGCGAGAAUCCAAGCUCGCGCUUUGCAGAAACAACCGAGAUUUUUUGAUCGAAAGUUGGCGAAAUUUUAACACUUUUUGCUGAAUUUCGGCACGAAAAGUUUUAUGCCUAUUUCUACCAUACAGGGUAAUGUUUCCACAAAAAAUCAAUUUUUGCCGCACGAAACUGGCAACGUUAUGGCCAAAAGAUGUUUUCCCUCUGUCCGCUCUCCAUGUUUAGCGUACUCUCUCGCCGGCAAAGAUCGUUCAAUAUUUCGGCGGCGCUUGAAAGGCGCGAGCUAAAACUUUCAGGAAUUGUUAUAUAGUUCAUGCCCGACGUGUGUUCAAAAUUUAAAGAAAAUCCGAGCGUUGCACUUGGGGUACUUCCCUUGAGAGUAAAAGGACUAAAAGGUUGUGCACUUUUUUCAUCUGAAACUUGCAGCAUCAUCGUUGACAAAGCUAAGAAUGUACUGGAAACUAUGAAAAAGUACUUCCCAUUCAAACCCCAAUAAUUUCAGCUUCUGGGGUUCUGAUGACUUUGUACAUGAGAGAUUGAAUGCGCCGUAUCUCAAAAGUUGUUAAUUUGAUUUUUUUUUUGAAGUUUCUGUGGUUUAUUGGAUGAAAGUUGAGGUUUAUUUUUAGCGUAUUUAAAAGUGCUUCUGGUUACAGUAGCCCGUUUUAUGCUCGAAAUGGUAUGUUCCUCAAGUGUAAUAUAGCUUAGAUGUGAUUUUUUGUCUUUAGCGAUAAUUACAGAAAUGUUCUACAUAGUCGAAAACAUACACCUGAACUCGAUUUGCGCUAAAAUAAUGCUUAAUUUUCUCGAUUAGGGCAUAUCUUUUCUUAAAAAAAAAGAUGUUACAGUAUGUCGUCGUACGGUAAUUUUGGGCAAAAACAAAGAAAGCGAGUUUUUAUUCCGUUAAAUGCGAUUUCCGUCGUGUUUGCACUAUUUUCACCAAUCGGGGAUCGAACCCGCGACCUUUUGAACGUAAUUUUUGCCAAAAUCCAAUAUACUACGCAAUCUCCCCCCUAGAGUUACGGCAUCACAUUAUGUGUAUAAUAUGCAGAAUUUUAUGCUGAUUCCGAAUCUGAAAUAAAAUUCUGUCGGUUUUUUGUUACGAAGGUGUUACGGUCAAUUUUUAUCGACCGGAUUGCAAUAUACCUAUGUUACCGUUAUCGGAGAAACUUAAUUUUUAGAAAAUUGGAUUUCCAGUAGUCGAAAACGUACAUACGCGAGAUUUUGGGCGAUUUUCUUUUUCUAUAACGCCGCCAGGUCGAAAAUUCCGAAAAAGCUUUAAUGACGUACAUUAUAUGUACGUAAUAUUGUUACGCUGCAUGCCGAAUGUUAAGAAAUGUCCAAGAAAUCAUAGAGGCAGAAGAAGCGUCAAAAAUAUGAAGAGUCUGUUUUUGUGUCAAUAUUUACAGCCAACAUUACCUUAAAUUAUAUUACUUUAGCUAAAACAAGAUCGUAAAGCCUCUCUCUUUCCGAGAUACCGCUAAAAAUUUCUGUCAAAGUCGCGAUGAGACUCUCUGAGAUAUAAUCGGUAGUGCGACAGCUGUAUUGAGACUUUUUAUGUGCACUUUUUGCGACUCCGCAGGAUACCAUGUGCAAUAUAAAUUAUCUGAUGAUUAAUGGGAGGACUCGUUUUUUAUAUCUAUUUUUUCGAUUAGAAGACGGUGAAGGUCUAUUAAUCCCAUUUCAACAUGUUCAGGUUCAAUUGUAGCUUUGUAAUUUCAAAUUUUUCUGUUUGCUGACAACAGCAACAUUGUUUUAGGUGAAUUUCCCGAUCAGCUCGCGCAAAAACAGAUCUUAUCUUGUUUAUCUGGCAUGUAUUGCUCUUCACGUAACACAUACGAUAGGUUUCGCUCGAGGACAUUCGCAGGAAUCACCAAAUUUCCGUUUAAUUCGGAAUUCCAGAAAAUCCGUCAUAAUGACACCUUUAAUUCUUCUGAUAGUUCAUGUAAACCAUGCCAAAAUCGCGUGAUGAUGUCUCAUAGACGUUGACUAAAAUUUAUUUCGUCAUAAAAUACACCGGAAGGUUGGCUUUUGUAAUUGUGAUGACGCAUUUUCCCGAGUUGUCCAGAAAAUGUGUCAGUGAGGAAAUUGCGGAGGUUUCUGGGUUUUUGCAGCUGCCAGAAGGUAAUUAGAGGGUUUUGGUAGGUGGAAAUCAGUCGUAAAUUCUUUUUUACACCGUAAUAUUUGUUUUCGCAACAGUUUUUUUGAUGUUUUUACUUGUUUUUUGACAUUAUUUUAGAUCUUAUCCAUGGCAUCCAAAGUUUUGUAUUGUCCUACCUAAUUUUGACGGAAAAACGGUCUGAUCCUCAGCUAUUUGGCUCUUUCAGAUAGUCUGACAGCAGUGCAUGCGCUUUCUCCGUCAUUUUCCCCAAUUUUCCCGCGUUUUUCGAUAUUACUUUAGGUCCUCUCCUCUUGCUCCGAAAUUCCGCUGUUCCCCGCUUAUUUUCCCAAAUAAACACCCGGCCUUUAUUCAUCCAGCUUCUCCACAGUGUUGAUUCGCUUUGAAUUCGUCUUGGAGUCGGCGUUCUGUCUUACAAAACGAUCGGCCAACACAUUUUCCGGGGCCCGAUCGUCUCCUUCUUUUUUGUGGAAAUUUUAUGGCCGGCCUUGCCAUUCGCCACUCCACCCCGAACGAAGUGACCUUUUGUGUGUUUGCGAGGAGGCUUUUUCCCUCUUUCCUAUUUGCAACAUGGCUGCCGAGUCUCUUUUUUCGGUCUUUCGGAACGUGCUUCUGUUAUCCUUGGCCUGUUCGAAAAAAAGUGUUCGUUUGGCAUGUUCUUGGUCAUUUUUGUUAUCAGGAUUUUUUAUAUGUGGUUUUUAUGAGUUAUGGAAGGUAAAAAACGGAUUGACGGAAAGUGCCGCAGCGAGAAUAUUGUUUUAGGGAGGUGUCGAUGUUGUACUAGGUAUUACUAAAAUAUAGGAGGAAUUUUAUUUUAAGACCGCUAAAUUAUUGUUUAAAAAUUAUAGCGCGUCUAAUUAUAUCUGUCAAAUCGAAUUUGAGGCGUUUUUAUUCCGGAUUUGCGCAACUUUUAUAUUGCACAAGGUCCAGAUGUCCGGGGGUAUGAUUUCCCUCUUUUAUGUUCGUAUUAGGCAUUCUAAUCGGGCUUUUAUUGCCCGCGCUUCUUAUGUGUUAUUGUUGCCCAAGUCUGUGGCGUGAUUUUUCUUUUUUUUUGCAUUCGUUAUAUUACACUAGACAAAGAGAUCUCUUAUUCAGAUCUGAGGGCUUUCUACUGUGCAGCACUGCUCAAUUUCCCGUUUGUAUUCUGGAGAUGACCUUCUCAAGCGAUUUUGCCGCGAAUUUAAAACAUUUUUUUAUAUUGCACUAGGUUGGAUUAUAAUUUUUUUCAGGUCUUCUGUCAUCAAAGGUCUCUAACACCAUGUCUUCUGGGCCAAAGACUACUCUGAACCCCAACAAAAACACGCUCACAGAGAAGACAAAAAUCGAAAAUGAAGCCGUUGAGCUUCUCAAGUCACUCAGUUUGAAGGAAGGUGACACGAGUGUGAUGCCCAAACCAGCUCCAGGAACGGUUGGAAAGCCCUUCACGGUGGCCACAAACAUGUAUGCGGUCAAAGUUCCCGACAGAAAGAUUUAUCGGUACGAUAUGACAAUUUCCGGUGUGACUCCCAAGGAUAAGACUGUUGAGUUCACAAAGAAGUCCGAGGAAUCGUAAGUUGUUUUGAAUAUUGUUGCUUGCGUCUUUAGGUCUCUAAUGAUGUAUGGAUCGGGAUGAAUAGAGUGCUGGUAGACUUUUGGUCAUGGAUAAUAUCAGCUGAUGUUGUUGUAGCUAAAUUUUGAGAAAUUUUUGAGCUAAAACAAUGUUUUGAUGGCUGUGGAGGCUGCGGAUAGAAAAUAUAUUCUACUGAGCGCUUUAUAGGUUGGUUAUCGCAGACAGAGUGAAUGUUUGCCGGACAACAUGGCGAGUUAUUUUCCACAACCAUCCCGACUUUUUCGGAAGGGAUCCCCACGCCGUUUACUAUGAUCUCCAAUCCACAUUGUACUCACUUCAACCCCUCCCAAUGCCCGAUGAUACGCUAACCUUGACCAUCGACAUUGCCGACAUCAACAGCGAAGAGGAAAGAGCGGUUUUCAAGGGAAUCCGACGGAUCGACAUCCUGAUCAAGAAGGCCAAGUCCAAUGUGAUUGAAUUGGGCGACCUGUCCACCAUUCACAACCCGGAAACGGGCAAGAAGGACCGAAGCAUCCUCAACAUCAUCGAGCUCAUCGUCAAUCAGACACCAAUGUUCUCGGAGUGAGUUGUGAAAUUUUUUAUAUUGUUUUAGACAUCUGCUCCAAAACAGUUGCAAAAUUUCGCGUAAAAAUGCAUUUAUUUUCGAAUUUUAGAAAGCAAUUCCUCUCCCUAAGGGGAUCAACUGCCUAUGUGGUCGAUGCCGCCAAGUACGGCCUCGAGGAAGUGCCGCUGGAUGAAGGGCAAACGAAAUAUUUGGCCGCUGGAGUCAAAAGAAGUGGAUGCUACAUUGAGGGUUGGUCUGAAGGCCAAAAUGCAGUCGGAAUGUUGUUGGAAAGUAAGUGUUUUGGAAUAUUUUUGUUGGAAAUUUUAGGAAAGUUGGGCUAAAACAAGGUGGAUUUGGAAAUUUACGUUUUUGAUCCAUAAUUUUUACGUUUUUGGUCAUAAAUUAGGGAAAUCAAAGGAAUUUUUGGGAUUUUUUUCUGCUAGGUGAUGGAAUAGGCCCUCAUGGUGUUAUUUAGAAACACAAUUGUUUAGAAAUCGACCUUUUUAUAGUAAAUUUUGACGUUGUUUUAUAGUACAAUAUCAAUUUUUUUAAAAUUUUUUGAUUUUUUUAAGCUCGCCGAUCGCCUUUCCACUCAUGCUUGAACCUGAUCGACUACAUCCAUCAACAUGCCAGUCUCCGGCGUUAUUACAACGAUUUUAUUCGAGGCCAAGCCUCGGAUCGAGACCUGGGACACAUCACUGCGGUCCUGCGAAAGAUUGUCUUCAAUGUAACCCACAACAAGUCCAGAAGAAUCGAGGUGUCCGGCUUCCAUCGAUCCAACUGCACCACCAUGAACCCGUCGAUUGGCUGCAGUUUGGAGGAGUACUUCUACAAACAAGGCAUCAAACUGGAAAUGCCCCGCUGUCACGCUGUUUUGGUGAAAAACAAGGGCCAACACAUUUAUUAUCCACCGGAAAUGCUUGUCGUCGCUGAUAAUCAGUUGGUUUUGGAGAAACAAAUGGAAGCCAGAGAGAAGGCGGCCAUGAUCAAGGUAAAUUUUUGAGAUUUUUUUUGGUUUUUAGGAAUUUUUUUGGUUGAGAUGGAACUUUUGUAGAGUAGCAGAAGGAAUUUUGAGCUACGCUUGGCCUUUGAAAAAUUGUUUUGGCAGUUUUUUGGAAAAUUUUUUGAGGCUUUGAGUCGGUUUUUUGAUAAAAAUUUUGAUUUUUUUUCUUGAAUUUUGUAAAAUUUCAUGGUUUAUUCGCUUUUAUUAGACCAUUUUUUAGCUGUUUUUGGAUUUAAGAUGUGCUUUUUUCUUAAGUUUGUAUAAAUUUUUUGCCUAGUACAAUAUAAUUUUUUUAUGAAAAUGUGUAAUAUAGAAUUUUGAUGGUCUUAUUUUGACCUAAACUGUCUAAAUUAGGUCGUUUUGUUUUAGUUUUGCUAGUUUUGGGGUGAAAUUGAGGAUUUUUUUGCCUAGUGUAAUAUAAUAAUUUUGAAAUUUUUUGGUGUCCGAUGUGUGAUUGCUAUGUUUCAGAUUGCUGCGGUCCGCCCGGAUGUGUUGGUGAAUGAGUCGCGAGCGGGCGCGGCCGCAAUCAAGCUCAGAGACUCGCCCUAUACGGAGGCGUCUGGUGUGAAGUUCUCCAAAGACGUGAUGAAGGUCCAAGCCCGCCAACUCCCGGCCCCAGUCAUGGAGUACAGCUCGGGAGUGAGCCAUCUCAAAAACGGCGAGGCCGCCUGGGACCAGCUCCCAUUUGUUCGAGGCGCCAGAAUCAAGAAUUACAGCUUGUAUGUGAUCGGAACCGAAGGCCAGAUGGAGCCCGCGAUCUGCGAAGCGGACCAGAAACGCCUCCAACAGCACCUGAAAACCGCCGCCAACAGGUUCGGAAUGGAUAUUGGACAGUUGGCCGACACCAGGUGGAUCUUUGACUAUGAAGUGGAUGACGUCAUCGCCCAGAAUGCCGAACAUGGAGUGGAUUUGGUCUAUUUCAUCAGUCCGGAGUCCAUCAAGACUGCUCAUGGUAGGGUUUGGGAAAAAUUGAAUUUUUUGGCGACAUUUUAUACGAUGAUUUUUAAUUUUUGAAAAUUUUAUAUUUUUGGUGGAGCCCGUCUUACCAUACCCUUUUUGGGUUUAGUGUUGGACCCUGGGAGAACUGUUUUUCUUGGUUUUGGAGUUCGUUUUGGCAUAGGGGACAUUUUAUACGAUGAUUUUUACUUUUUGAAAUUUUCUGUUUUUGCUUGCUCCCCCGUUAACAUACUUUGUUGAGUUUAGUGUUGGACCCUUGGAGAACUGUUUUUAUUGAUUUUGGAGUUGGUUUUGGCACAGGGGACGUUUUAUACGAUGAUUUUUAAUUUUUGAAAUUUUAAAAUUUUUUGAAAAAUUUCAAUUUUUGCUUAGUCCGCACACCUUUUUGAGCUUACUUUUAGGCUUUUAGCGGUAUUUUUCUUUAUUUUGGCAUUCAUUUUUAUCUAGGAGACAUUUUAUACGAUGAUUUUUAAUUUUUGAAAUUUUAAAAUUUUUUGAAAAAUUUCAAUUUUUGCUUAGUCCGCACACCUUUUUGAGCUUACUUUUAGGCUUUUAGCGGUAUUUUUCUUUAUUUUGGCAUUCAUUUUUAUCUAGGAGACAUUUUAUACGAUGAUUUUGAGAUUUGAUAUCAUUGGAUUUUGUGAAUUUUUUCUAAGUUUUAUAAAAUUUCAGACUCCAUGAAGCACGCCGAACACAAGUUCAAGACGGUCGUCACCCAAGACAUCCGCGAAAACACCGUGCGAAAGGUGAUCCAACGCGCCGGAGCCACACUGGAGAAUUUGAUCGCAAAAACGAACCUCAAAUUGGGGGGCGUCAACUACAGUGUUAGAGCCGGAACCGCCGAAGUCCAAGAACAACUCGGAAAAACGUUGUUCAUCGGCAUCUCCAACUCACAGCCCGGAUCCAAGACCGCCGUGGAUAAGGCGCAAGGAAAAGGCGCCAAAAAGAACGAAAAGCCCGGAGUCCUUGGGUAUUGUGCGAACAUAUGCGAGGACAAGGACACUUUUGCUGGUGAUUUCAUGUACAUUGAUGCCUAUAGGUAAGGAAUGGAGAGUUUGGGAGUUUUGGGAAGUUGAAUUUUGGGAAAAAUUGGGUAAGGGGGACCAAGGGAAAAUUAAAAAAUUUUUUUUUUGGAAAAGUGGCAAAAAGGAGUUUGAAAAAGUUAACUGAUGUACGAUGGAGGAUUGUUUAAAUGAUUUUUGUCUUUUAUUUUUAAAUUUGGUUGGCUUUUACGCAACUUUUUUUUGGAAAUUUCGCCAAUUUUUGGUCUUGGUCCCCCCUUAUCAUAUUUUUUUUUGAUUUUUUGGAAAAAAUAGCAAAAAAAGAGUUUGUAGAAGUUAGCUGAGGUACGAUAGAGGGUGUUUUAAAGAUUUAUGUUUUUUAUUUGUAACUUUGGUUGGCUUUUACGCAACUUUUUUUUGGAAAUUUUGCUAAUUUUUGGUCUUGGUCCCCCCUGAUCAUAUUUUUUUUUUGAAAAAUUUUUUUUUGUUUCUUUUUGCACAUUUACUGAUCUCUUUUUAUCAUAUCUAGUGCGUUUUUGCUGAAUUUCCAUUUUGAAGAGUGUUUUCGGACAUUGUUUUAGAUAUCAAGGUGAUGAAUAAAAAUUUUUUUAGACUGGAAAUCUACAACCGAUUGAUCUUGUUGACGAAGCGAUGCGUGGCCCACUUCAAGGAGAACCGCGGACAUGCCCCGGAGAGUGUUGUAUUCUACUAUUCCGGCGUGGCGGAAGGCCAAUUCGACAACCUCCUGAAGCUGUCGGUGCCGCUGAUGAAGGAGGGAAUUCGAGAAGCCAACAACGACGUGGAGAUCCCGCUGUGUGUGAUCUCAGUGCAAAAAGCCAACAACUUGUCGCUGUUCCCGUUGGAGUUCCCAAGGCCGCGUCCCGACUCCAGAGACCAUCAAUUUAAUGUGCCGCCUGGCACCGUGGUCGACACCAAAGUUGUGCAUCCAAUCUACACACAGUUCUUCCUGGUACCACACACAGCCAUCAAGGGAUCCGCCAGAGCUCCAAGGUUCACUGUACUCUUGAAUGAGCCGGCCUUUACACUGGAUACCAUCGAAGGAUUCUCACAUGCUUUGUGCUACGAACAUCAGAUUGUGGGCCGCGCCACGGCCUUGCCAACACCCCUAAUGGUCGCCGAAGACUAUGCCAACCGAGGACGACAUGUGUUCUUGGCUGCGUAAGUGGUUUUGGGGGCUUUGGAGGGGUUGAAAGACAUUUUUGGGAGGUUCUGGGCAUAGGGUAUGUUGUAUUAGGUCUAGAAGUAUGACUUUGUCGUUUUUUUAUUUUGCGUUUUUCGCAGGUUUAAAUACAAUUUCGCAAUUUUUGUUUAGAGCAUCUGAAAGAACGCUGAAAACGCUAUCUACUGAUAUAUGUCUCAUAUGGCAGGGCUUUAUAUCAAGACCUUUAUAAGACUUCAAACAUGACCAACUUCGCCUUAAGAAAGUGUCGUUUGCGGGGAACUUUAUUCUGCACGUGUAAUGUGAGCAAAAACGCCGAUGAUGCAUUGAACGCUCAUGAUAGCUUGAGUUAAUCGCGCUUUGAUUAAAAAAUCAGUUGGGAAUGGCUUCAACGGUUCAAAACCGGAGAUUUCCAAACCCACCUAAAAAGUUGGUAGAUGGAGAAUAUUGGUUAAAGCCGACGGCCGGAUGCAGUAAAAGUUAGCCGAAAAGCUGCACGUGACGCAGAAAGGAGUUUCACUCAGUUUACAUCAAAUGGGGAUGAACCAAACAGAAGAGACUUGAGUCUCAUACGGACUGACCUAACGCAACAUGGAGAACAUGCGAAAUUUUGACAGGCAGACGGGGAGAAAGUCAUUUUUGUUUCAUUUAGUGAUCCGGGACGCACAAUCAAUCGAUUUUGACAACCCGGAGCGCAAGCGACCGUGCUGUCUAUCAUUACCGGGGAGAAAGCUUUGCUCUGUAUAAUAUGACAUAAACAAGAUGUUCUUUACUGAGAGCUCUUGAAAACCGGUAGAACGGUUACUGGCAUCCGUUAUCAACAAUAACUGAUGCAACUGAAGGAAUAGCUAUGAUUAAAGCGGUCGGAAAGAAAUUUUUUUAUUUUGCUGCAUGAUGACGUGAAACCCCAUGUUGAAAAACGGUCGAAAACACCCUAGAACCGGCGGGGUGGGAGGUGUUCCCGCACCCGCUAUACUCUCCGGACACCAUGCUUUCAGACUAACACUUGUUUCCAUCCAUGGCACCCGAUCUGAGGCGGCAACGCUUCGCUGAAUACAAAAAUGUCAAAAAUUGGCCCCUUGGCUAAAUCGCCUCAAAACAAAAAAACGUUUUCACUGAUGGUGUUCAAAAGUUGGUCAAAUUGUUGGAAAAUGUCAUAGUUAGUAGUGGUAAUAGUAACUAAAUAAGCUUUAGUGCAAAGUUUUUUGUUUUGGUUUAAUUUAUGAGCCGCAAAAAACGACAAAGUCAUACUUCUAAACCUAAUAGUAGAUGGCAAUUGGGUGGAAGGGGAAAUUUGAGCAUUUUUUGGGGUAAAGAGUGAGAAAAAGGUGUAAUAGUUAAGAAAAAAGGAUUUAGAAGAGGCUAGGACGAGAGGAGAUUAUAGAUUUUGAUAUUUUUUGGGUUAUAUUGUACUAGGCAGAUUGAUGUAGAAAAGGUAGAAGGGAAAAAAUGUGAAGUGUUUGGUGAUGCUAUGGGCUCUUGAAAGGUAGAAAAUAAAGUUUGGAAUUGUUUUUGGCCAGAGGAAAAGUAAAAUUUUGGGAUUUUUUGGCAAAUUAUAUUGUAGUAGGUAGGUUGGAAAUAAAGUGGUGAAAAAUCGGAAAUUUAAAGUCCGGAGGUAUUAAUAUACACUUAUUAGAGAAUAACAGGCGAAAUAGAGUAGUGUAUGGCAAGGGGAGAUUAUAUUUUGAACAAAAUUUUUCAAUUUUUGUAUUGCACUUGAGAUUAAUCUUGAAUUUUUUAGUGAAUACGAAGACAAGAAGAGUCAAUACCGACUACCCCGACGGCCGGAUGGAGACCUGGACCUGGAAAAGUUGACAGAAGACCUCAGCUACGAACGUUGCCCUGAGCUCAGGAAGCGGCGAGUAAACGCCUAA